GCCAAGACGACAGUUUGGAGAGAGACCAGCUGCUGUCAGUCAUUUUACAGUUUUUGACACUUGUUCAUCUCAGAAAUGAACCGAUCAAUAUGUAGGAUUCUUCAUCUAAGCUUUCUCUGCUCCUUAUCUGCAUGUGUUCAGCGUCAGUAUCGUUAUGUGAACGUGAAACUGAACUGGACUGAAGCUCAGAGUUACUGCAGACAGAAAUAUACUGAUCUGGCCACCUUUGACAACAUAAACAGCAUAGAAGAACUUAUAAAGAGUUUAAAAAGUAUUGGCAUUAAGGAUGAUUGGAUUUGGAUUGGGCUGCAUAGGACAGAUAAUUUCAAAUGGAAGUGGUCUUUGGGUGACCCUGCGUUCUACACAAACAGUAACUCACAAUAUCAGAAUUGGGGACCAGGACAACCAGUGGGAAAUGAAAGCUGCACCUUUAUGAAGAAUGGGAAAUGGUAUAAUGGUGUAUCCACCGCUCUCAAAUCUUUCGUCUGCUAUAAUGACAGCAGCAAAAGACACAUCUUAGUAAAUCGGUCAAUGAAUUGGAGAGAUGCUCAGAGUUUCUGCAGAGAGAAUCACACUGAUCUGGUCACUGUGAGAAACCAGACUGAGAAUCUGCAGAUUGAGAAGAUCAUGAAUGAUAUUCAGAUAUCUGAAGUCUGGAUCGGACUGUUCAGAGACUCAUUUGAGUGGUCAGAUCAAAGUAAAUCAUCAUUCAGAAACUGGCAACUUGAAGAACCUAAUAAUGGUGGUGGUGCUGAAAACUGUACAGUGGUUUGGGUUGAAGAGAAUGGCCAGGCACAAUGGUAUGAUGAUCCUUGUGGCAUUAAAUGUCCCUUUAUCUGUCAUGAAGAUAAACUGUUUUUGAUCAAAGAGAAUGUGAGCUGGUCUGAAGCUCUGAGAUACUGCAGAGAGAAUUAUGUGGACCUGGUCUCAGUCCAUUCAGAGAAGAUUCAGUAUCGGGUGAUGGAAGUGGCUAAACAGGCCUCUACUGCGGCCGUGUGGCUGGGUUUACACCACUACUGCAGCAUGAACAUGUGGUUCUGGGUGAGAGGGGAGAUCGUGUGUCGACAUGAUCACCAGGCGGAGGGAGACUUGCAGACUGUGGAAGAAGAGAGAAUGGGAGUAGCAGUUCAGUCUGGUGGAGAUCAGCGCUGGAUCAGCCUUCCUGAAACCCAGAGACUCAACUUCAUCUGUACCAACUCGGAGGAUGAAAUCUGAAUCCUUUUGCUUCAUCAGAAGAGGUAGUUUUUCUGUCAGAUUUUUUCAUAAUUGAAAUAAUGUAAAAGUAUGUGAGAUAAUAAAUAUGUUUUUUUAUAAUUUUAAAUUAAUUGUGUGCAUAUAGCUAUUAGUUGUUUCUAUGGUGGUUAAGGUAACCUAACCCUAUCCCUGAACUGUAUACAUUUUCGUCUUCUCAGAUCUGUGCCUGGCAUCUUAAAACUUUUGGUUGUUUAUCUUUUUUAAACAUUUUUUCUAAGCACCUUCAUAUACUUUGUAUUUCAUUACAAUUUAUUUUUCUUCCUAAUUUCACAUAUGUAUUAAUCUUUAAAUCCAACAAUUUAUUUUUUUGCA